AUGGGCGCGCGCGCGCGUGGGGACGCACAUCGACCGGUCCGCGAUCGCCGUCGCGCGCGCGCGCGCGUCGCGGCGAAGAAGCGACGUCCCGGGGGGGGUGGGGCGAACGAUUACAGCGAUGAUUUCGCGCUGUACGGCUCCUUCGAUGAGUCCUACGCCGAUGGUGCGGGGAUGAUCUUGGGGAAGAAUGAGAGCGGUCGGCGCGGGAAGCGGGCGGGCGGGAAGCGGGCGUCGUACGACGCCGUCGCGGGCGUACUUGAGGCGUUGUCGGAAGUGCGAACGGAACGUAGGCAGCGCGCGCCGCGGUGGUCGAGGAGCGGGGGGGACGGUGGGGCGUCGUCCGGCGAUGACGACGAGGAGGCGGGCGUGGGGUCGUUCGCGACAUUCGCGGAAGAGGUGGACGGUUCUGUGCAGGAGACGCCUCGUGAGGCGAGACCGGCGCCGGUGAGGGAGCCGAAGAGGCCGGUGGCGGCGCGACCGACACCGCCGCGACCGAAGGCUGCGCCUAAACCGAAACUGACGGCUACGGUGGACCCAGUGGAGACCAAGGCCAAGGCGACGCAAACGCUCUGCAAGUGGGGAUUCGCCGCGUCCGACAUCGAGAUUGCGAUCGAGAAGACGGUCGAAAAGGUGGGCGAUAGUGCGACGGCGAAGAAACGACAGAUAGCCGCCCUCGAUUGGCUCCUGAUGAACUGUCCGAUGGAAAACGUUCCGGAUGAGUACAGGCGCGAGGCGCAACAAGUUCGUGGAUAA